AUGGCCCAGCAGCAGAUGACCAGCUCGCAGAAGGCCCUGAUUCUCGAGCUGAAAUCCCUGCAGGAGGAGCCGGUGGAGGGCUGCCGGAUCACCCUGGUGGAUGAGUCCUACCUCUACAACUGGGAGGUUGCCAUCUUCAGACCCCCCAACACCCUCUACGAAGGCGGCUACUUCAAGGCACACAUUAAAUUUCCUAUUGACUACCCAUAUUCACCACCUACCUUCAGAUUCUUGAAAAUGUGGCACCCCAACAUUUAUGAGAAUGGAGAUGUAUGCAUUUCGAUUCUUCAUCCACCUGUAGAUGACCCACAGAGUGGAGAACUGCCCUCUGAAAGGUGGAAUCCUACUCAGAAUGUCAGGACUAUUCUGUUAAAUGUAAUCUCAUUGCUCAAUGAGCCCAACACCUUCUCCCCAGCCAAUGUGGAUGCUUUGGUUAUGUUCAGGAAAUGGAGGGACAGUAAAGGAAAAGACAGAGAAUAUGCUGAAAUCAUUAGGAAACAGGUUUCAGCCACUAAAGCCGAAGCAGAAAAAGAUGGAGUGAAGGUCCCCACUAGCCUGGUGGAAUACUGCAUCAAAACUAAAGUGCCUUCCAAUGACAACAGCUCAGAUUUGCUUUAUGACAACUUGUACGAGGGUGACAUCGAUGAUGAAGAUGAGGAGGAAGAUGCCGACUGCUAUGAUGAUGAUGAUUCUGGGAAUGAGGAGUCCUUCAGUGCCCCAUACUGCCCUGCCGACUCAGGCCAAAGGGAGGGGAGCAAGUGGGGACCUAGCGGUGGCCCCUCAGCAAAAAACCUAUCACUGGGGGUGGGAAAAACAAACAUGGCUCCUCCUGACUCUCCUUAUGGAUCUCAGUUUGCUUCUUUUUAUGGACCUCUUAAUAGAGAGAAAAACGUGCCUCAGGUAUCUCUUGGUCCAAGGAGGAUGCAAGAUACAUGGUGCAAACCUGAUACCAACCACAAUGUGGAGCUGGUUGGGCUGACGUCAGCCAGCCUGCAGAUGUGCAAGUGA